CUGACUGCAAGCAGACAGACCCUUGAGGCCUUGGAUGUCUCUUCUGAGGUCCUGUGUGGGGCAGGGGAGCAGGGGCUGUCUCCCAUGCACUGGAUAUCAUCCAGGCUUCUGAGCAGCUUCGAGAAUGCGGACCCUGCCCUGCCCUCAGCGUGGAAUUUUAGAAGGAACCGUAGCUAUUAUUAAAGAACGAAAUCCACUGUUUUGAGAUUCCCACCAAAUGUGGGUGGUCCUGAGUAUACCGUCCGCACUUGGUAAGGAUGCAGCCCUGUGUGCUGUGGUGGCUGGCUCUUGGCCUUCUGCUGGCGAUUCCUGCAGGAGCCAAGCCAACGCCAGAGGAAGCAGAUCCCAACGCCCAGCCACCAGCCAUGCCUUACUGGCCUUUCUCCACCUCUGACUUCUGGAACUACGUGCAAUAUUUCCAGAGCCAGGGCGCCUACCCACAGAUCGAGGACAUGGCCAGAACCUUCUUUGCACACUUUCCUCUGGGGAGCACCCUAGGCUUCCAUGUUCCCUACCAGGAGGACUGAGCAGCGUCCAGUCUUCCGCCUGCCUGGCUGCACUGGCUGGGGCCAAAGGUGGUCAGAGAUACAGUGGUGGGCGCGGGUGGGGCUCAUGCUCAAUAAACUCCUUCUGAAGAUGC